AUGCCAUUGCCAGAGCUUCUAUGUUUCGCCCAAGCCUGUUGCGCUGUAAGAUUCAGCGCACUGGACAUCAUAACGAAGCGAUAUCAGGUCAUUCUAGGACCAUAUGUUCCACAACGACUUGAAAAAUUCAACAAACUUUUAACAAAUACAUGCGGGAUUAUCACAGGAUCGUGUGCCAUCAAUAUGCUGCUUGGCACGCCUCAAUAUCUGACAAGAGAUCUGAACCUCGUCGUGCCAUGUGGAGGUUGGUCCUUGAUGGAGAACUUCAUCUUGGAUGACCUGCAUUACACGCCCACAUCAACAAGCAUACAUCCGAUCAUGAAAAACCAAUACCGCAGAUUCAAAGCUUACACAAAGCACGUAAGGCCAUGGGAUGCACUGCAACCCAUUGCAGAGGCACCUUCCACCAUUGACAUGACAAUGAUGACCCCUGGAGGGAUUGUGACUUUCUAUCCAGAGAUGACAUUAGACUGGAUCAGAUACUCUACCCAUAAAGGAGACGAACUACAACUGGGACAACACUUAGGGAGCAAAGGCAGCAACCGCUUUCGCAUAGAGCGAAGCACAGCAUUCCUCAGGCACAUGUGUGGUGCAAAUUGCCCGACACUCUGGCAGAACAUGCGCAACCACAAGGAAUAUCUCGCGCUCGACUGGGAUGCGCGCUUCACGGUAAAGAGGGCAAUCACCAACAGCGACCUGGAAUGGUGCAUGGCCACUAUGACCACAAACCAACAACACCUCCGAAAGACCGUGCCGAUCAUUCCAAAUGCAGAGACAGAGCCGGAUCACAUAUACACUUUCUUUUUUGAGAGCGCGAACACCUCUCCUCCUCCAAAUUCAUUGACAGAUGAAAUCGUCCGACCAAGGAGAAGAACCAUACAACAUAAUGGGAAUCUUCUGGUCAUCAAGAGUAAGCGAGGAGACAGGAGGGAGAUCAGCAACAUGACAACAGAGGAUAUUUCCUUGAUGACAUACAUUGUGAAAGUCGUGACGAAACUGACAAACAAAAGGGUCCUGGAGGACUUGUGCCUCAACAAAGAACCAGACUACCUUCCAAAGAAAAGGAAGGGGAACAAUCAUGCGUUCUUCAUGGUGAGAGUAACAGCUAGCAAGGAAAUAGAAGCGGAAACCAUAAACAAAAGUGGCUAUGCCAUGGAACAUUACUUAAUCUAUUUGCAAUAA